AUGAUCGUACCGGAUUUGUCCAAAAAGAUAGCUCAAGUUGCUUUAGAUACUCUUGAGCAAGACAACGUAUAUGAAAACGUGAUAUCUUAUGUUCUACAGAAAUACUCAAUUGAAUUGUCCAUGGUGACUGACCAUGAGACUCGCUACAAUAUUGUAAAUGAUCGCGUCGGUACAGUACUAGAAGAAAUUGGGUUAAUAAAAGACCUCUCAGAUAUAAUCAAAAAUCUUGGUUUGGGGGAUCGUUUAAAGGAACUUCAAGAGGAGAAAGUGACAUUAUUAGAGAAACAGACAGCUCUUACCGUUAAGUUAAACUCUCUAACAAAUCAACUCAUUGAUCUUCAGACCUCGAUCUUUGGUCGAAUCGAGUUUAAAGUUGACAAUCUGGCGGAUGAAGAACCUAUUAAAAUCGAGGCUCCUGAAAAUUUAUUAAAGGAAGAGCACGGGGUUAAUCCAGCUACGUAUGUCAGUAAAUCUUGGCGUCAGAUAAGGCCAAAUGAAUUACUCCUUGGAAUCCGUGGGUAUAUCCGCCAGCCUGUCUUUAUCAUCACUGAUAAUAACGUCUGGAUUAAAGGUGUUGUCGAAAAUGUCAUUGAAAGAGACGAACCACUUUCUUUAAUCGACUUAAAUAGACAUUCUUCUGCAAAUGGUCCCAUGAGAAUUUCUCCAACAGAACGUCAGUAUUCCGACUUAAGGUCGGUAUCAAGUCCCCUUCGAUACCUGGUAUCAAAUGAUAAUGAUUUUCGAGAGACCGUCGACUCUUCCCGGCUAGCUCUUGGUUUGUCGUCCGAGGAGUUAACUCAGCGUUAUCCAGUUGGGGCUCGUGUUGUCGCUCGAUAUAUAGAUCCACACGGAGUGUCGGAUUACUACUCCGGAACUAUUGGUGAGCCGCCGAAAUUGGAUAAUGAAUAUCGUUACUUAAUCUUCUUUGACGAUGGUUAUGCCUAUUAUGCUCAACCGGGUUGCGUUUUCAGGAUGUUUAACCAAUCUAAAGAAAACUGGCAAUUUGUGAACAGGAACUUCCAGGAAUUCAUGAAAAUAUAUUUGCAUAAUUUUCCAAAACGUCAACUUCUUAAGCUGAACGUCGAUCAAGUGAUUCGUGCGCAGUUAAAUGGCAAUUGGUUACAAGCGAAGGUUGUCAAAGUUGACAGUAGCUUGGUAAUGUUGGAAUAUCCCAGUGGCAACUUGGAAUGGAUUUAUCGGGGGUCAGAACGUUUGGGAGCAAUAAUUUACAAUAAUGAGUCGCGGGAGUCUCCUCCAGAUGAUUUGGCACCCUUUCAAACAACUGGUACUCGACGACGCUUCACUGGUCGCCGAUCAACUGCUGCGGGAGCUGUUCCCUCCUCGGUUUCAAGGAUUCAUCAACCAGGCACUUCAUCGGAACCUUACGUGCAACCAUCCAUGCGGGAGGCUCUAAUGGUGGGAGUGAUUGAACCCUACUUAGGAUCUUUCAAAGAAUCAAUGCAGAUCAAACCUUAUGUUGAUCAUAAGUGCUCUGGAAGAUGUCUUCGAACCUUGGCGAAUCCAAAUGAUCCUUCUGAGGGCUAUUUAUCUGAGAACCCUCUUAGUUACAAGGGCAUAAACCCUCUUGAAAUCCCCUUACGUGCGGGUUGGACACGAAUUUACUUGAAAGCCACCCCAGCUGCUCUAUUUCGUGAUGUCAUCGCUUAUAUAGCUCCAUGUAAACGUCAAAUUCGAGGUCUUUCAGAGCUGGAACACUUCCUCUACCAGACUGACAGUCAGUUGACAUCUGACCUUUUUGCAUUUGAUAAGGAGGUACGAAUUGAUGCGGAGUACCGAUGUGAAAAGGCCUUCAUACGGAUUGCUGACUUGUCCUACAGGAAGGAAAAUGUACCGAUUCCUUGUGUAAACAGUCUGGACAACGAUGCUCCACCGUAUAUGGAGUAUAUCACCCAGAGGAUGCCCUAUGGUCAUGUGAAAAUUAAUGACGAUCCGGGGUUCAUGGUGUGCUGUGAUUGUACGGACAAUUGUCGUGAUAAGACAAAAUGCGCUUGUCAACAACUUACCAUUGAGGCGAGCGGUAUUUCAAGCGAGAACGGAAUGGUUGAUAGUUCAGCCGGCUAUCGUCACCGUCGUCUCUUCAAACACCAUCGUGGUUCCGUGUAUGAGUGCAAUCCGGGGUGCAAGUGUGAUAGGCGCUGCCAAAACCGUGUCGUUCAAAAUGGUCUCUGGUUGCGUUUGCAGGUCUUCAAAACUCAGCGAAAAGGCUGGGGUAUUCGAGCACUUAACGCCAUUCCAAGGGGAACUUUCAUUUGUACAUAUGCUGGUCUUAUUUACAAUGAUUCUUUGGCUGUUACGCGAGGUCAAACGAUCGGUGACGAAUACCAGGCCGAUUUGGACUACAUUGAGGUUGUCGAAACUCGGAAGGAGGGCUACGAAGAGAAUGUCAUUUUGCCGACCUCAGACGAUGAGACGCCUUUGAGGCCUGCACAUUUGCAGCCGUCUGUUCGCAGCUCAAGAACCGCUCGAAAGAGUAAUCCUUCUCGCAACAACAGACAACGAAGAAAUUCCGGAUCUUCCUCUGUAUCGUCUGCUCUGUCUGUGAGACCUCCAUCAGAAGCCACCACAGUGGAGGUAGUCGGCGUUGACAAGUUUGAGAAGGAGGAAGAGGGAGAGGAAGAGACACGAGAGUCCGGUAAGGAAGAAGACAGACAAUCUGCAACAACCUCCUCUGAUUUUCAAGAGUCCAACGAGCCAAUAAUUCAAGCUGGCCUUCAGUUCACAGACGGCAUAUCAAAUCUGGAGGAGAUUUUGUCCUCAGUCUCCUUUAAACUUGAACCACAUUUGGAACUUACUAGAGUGGGGCUGAAUAUUUUGAAUUGUUUUCCAACAUCAAUGGAUUCGAGGCGGGGGAGGCCAAGAUCGUUUGCACGUGGACGUAGAGGCAGAAGACCCACUUUUGGUGCAAACAGACGGGAUUCACGUGUUGGGUCUACGUUGGGGGACAUGAUAAAAUCUGCGUCCAAUGCUGAUCUCGUCCUUUCUUCCACCCAACCAGAAGGACUUAGGAAAUCGAAUUCGGCUGCCGAUCUGCAGGGACGGGGUACGACACGAAGAGGAGAUCGUCGUAAUCAUGCUAAAAUAUCCGUUGUCACGGUGUCAUCAAAUGACACAAAAACGGAGAUAACUCAAACAAUAGGGACGACAGGACCAAUCCCAUGGGCAAAUCGUCGUAGCUAUCCCAUUAGGCAACCCGACUGGGUGAAAGCAAGGGAGUACUUUGGGGAUGAGGGUCCCUUUGUCAUGGAUGCCAAGCAGGUCGGCAAUCUAGGCCGUUAUUUCAAUCACUCUUGUCAACCUAACAUCUUUGCUCAAAGUGUAUUUGCUUCGAAUCAUGACCCUAGAUUCCCCGAUGUGGCCUUCUUUGCCCUGAGAAAUAUUGAAGCCGGUGAAGAGUUAUCAUGGGAUUACGGAUAUGUGACGGGUUCAGUUCCUUCUAAAGUUCUCUACUGCUACUGUAAUGAAGAAUUCUGUCGUAAACAGCUGCUUUAG